AUGGAGGAGAAAGGCCACGCAAGUGUUUACGGAGCGCCAUUCGCAGGAGGAGGCUUCGACUUCUACAAGUUUGUCCGAGAGCCGCAGACCAUCGUGCGGCUCCUCAGCCUGCUCUUCGCUCUGGUGGUGUUUGGGACCAUUACAAACGAGGGCUACAUAAACCCGCCCACGUCGAGCGAGGCGCGCUGCAUGUUCAACCAGAACGACUCGGCCUGUCACUUCGCGGUGGCCGUAGGAGUCAUCGCCUUCUUGGCCUGCGGCAUCUUCACGGUGUUGGACAUUUACCUGCCGUUCAUGAGCAGCGCCCCCGACAGGAAGUACAUCGUCAUGGGGGAACUUGCAUUCUCAGGGCUGUGGACCUUCCUGUGGUUCGUAUGUUUUUGCCUGUUGGCCAGUGAAUGGUCCCGGACUCACGUCACCCUGGGGAUCCCGGUGGAGGCCGCACAAGCCACUAUCGCCUUCUCAUUCUUCUCCAUUGCCACAUGGGGCAUCCUCACGUACUUUGUGCUGGUCCGGUAUCGACGUGGGCUGCUGGAUGUGAACCUCCAGACUGAUGCCCCCCCAGAUCAUCACACCCCCUACCCCCCGACAUACUCCCCUACAUCCUACAGCCCCACCCCAUACAACCCCACCACUUACUCCAGCGACCAGCCUGCCUUUGUGCCAAAUAUACAGCCCACAGUGGAUUCUGGGUAUCAACCGCCCAACUAUUAA